AUGGAUUCCUGUUGGAAAAGUAAAACAAUUGACUCUAUUUCCGUUGAAAUCUGGACAAGGGUUUUUGCUAUUUUUUGUGGUUUCAAUGGACCAAAAAGUGGUGAAAAUCUUGACCGUCUAUUUCUCGUCACUGAUUCCACAAAUAAUUUUUUUCGAGCAAGAUUGAAGCCUCAACUUGUGAUGGUAAAAGCUGUCAUUAGAGAUCAGAUGCUUCAUUUGCAGUUUAAAAAUCUUGUUUGCAAAGUCGCUCUUACAAAAGUUGCUUCAAGACAACAAGCAUCAACUUUGACAAACGUUCGAGGACAAAUAUAUGAAGCAUUUGACUGUGGAAAAGAAGCAGCACAAUUUUUUUCACAAAUUAUGGGAGAACCCUCAAAGUUGUUGAUGCAUCAAAGAUCAAUUGUUGUUCAGAAAGCAAAGUCAACCUUUUCCGAUGAAUUUCCUUACAUGAUCGCUACUCAAAGCUCACUAAAUGAACUCAAUCAAACAUUAAAUGAAAAAGAUUUUUGUGACGUUUCAAAUGCUAAUAUGAGACCAAAUAUCGUUGUAGAGCAAUGUCAAGCUUGGGAUGAGCAAAAAUGGGAAGAGAUACAAUUUGGUGAGAGUCUUUACACACAAAAUGUUGCAAUGAAUUGUGUUGAGCCUUGCUUUCGAUGCUUAAUGACAACAAUUGAUCCUCAAGAGGGAAAAUUGCAUCCAACGCACGAACCACUUGUGACGUUACGAAGUGUCUCGACUGUGAUGGAUGGGAAUGCUCCAUCCUUUGGUGUGUAUGCAAAUGCGAAAAAAGAAGGAUUUAUUUAUGUUGGAAUGACUGUUUGGGCACGAUACAAAAACGAA